AUGCCUGUCCUACCUGCAGGGCAGCGGCUUGGAUUGGGCAAGGAGUGGACUGGGCUGCCCCCGGGCCCCGCUGUCAUGCUGCCUGGGCCUCCCAGCCUGUCCUGCUGGGGCCGCCAGUGCCUCCCAGGAAAGCCGCAGACACUUCAGGUUGCAGCCUCUCCCGGGAGCCGCUCACCUUUCCCGAGCAGCGGCCGCCGCUCCGAGCGCGGGCAGGGACCCCAGCAGGGCGCAGGGCCCGGCCCCUCGGCGGUCGCGGGCGGGAGCCGGCGCGCCGCGGCCCCCAGGACACGCGCGGUGAGUCCCGCGGGCCACUCGCGGCGGCCGGCCGGUCGGCCCGGGAGGAGGGGGCAGCGCGGCGCCGGGGAAACGGAGCAAAGGACCUGCUGCUGCUCCCUGCUGAUCAUGAACAAGAUGAAGAACUUUAAGCGCCGCUUCUCCCUAUCCGUGCCCCGCCCGGAGACCAUCGAAGAGUCCUUGGCGGAGUUCACAGAGCAGUUUAACCAGCUCCACAACCGGCGCAACGAGGACCUGCAGCUUGGUCCUCUUGAUGGAGACCCCCAGCCAGAGUCCAGCGCCUUCUCCCCCACAGACAGUGGGGAGGACCGCGGGCAGCCAUCCCCAGGUGUGCAGUACCGGCGGCAGAACCAACGCCGCUUCUCCAUGGAGGACAUCAGUAAGAGGCUCUCUCUGCCCAUGGACAUCCGCCUGCCCCAGGAAUUCCUACAGAAGCUGCAGCUGGAGAGCCCAGACUUGCCCAAACCGCUCACCCGAAUGUCCCGCCGCGCCUCCCUGUCAGAUAUCGGCUUUGGGAAACUGGAAACAUACGUGAAACUAGACAAACUGGGAGAGGGAACCUAUGCCACGGUCUUCAAGGGGCGCAGCAAACUGACGGAGAACCUCGUGGCCCUGAAGGAGAUCCGGCUGGAGCAUGAGGAGGGGGCGCCCUGCACCGCCAUCCGCGAGGUGUCUCUCCUGCGGAACCUGAAGCACGCCAACAUCGUGACGCUGCAUGACCUCGUGCACACCGAGCGCUCGCUCACCCUGGUGUUUGAGUACCUGGACCGAGACCUGAAGCAGUAUCUGGACCACUGUGGGAACCUCAUGAGCAUGCACAACGUCAAGAUUUUCAUGUUCCAGCUGCUCCGGGGCCUCGCCUACUGCCACCGCCGCAAGAUCCUGCACCGGGACCUGAAGCCCCAGAACCUGCUCAUCAACGAGAGAGGGGAGCUGAAGCUGGCUGAUUUUGGACUGGCCCGGGCCAAGUCAGUGCCCACGAAGACCUACUCCAAUGAGGUGGUGACCCUGUGGUACAGGCCCCCCGACGUGCUGCUGGGGUCCACGGAGUACUCCACCCCCCUCGACAUGUGGGGUGUGGGCUGCAUCCACUACGAGAUGGCCACAGGGAGGCCCCUCUUCCCCGGCUCCACGGUUAAGGAGGAGCUACACCUCAUCUUCCGACUCCUCGGGACCCCCACGGAAGAGACGUGGCCCGGGGUGAUGGCCCUGUCCGAGUUCCGAGCCUACAACUUCCCCCGGUACCUCCCGCAGCCGCUCCUCAGCCAUGCUCCCAGGUUGGACCCUGACGGCAUCAACCUCCUGAGCGGCCUCCUCCUGUAUGAAUCCAAGAGCCGCGUGUCAGCAGAGGCGGCACUGAGGCACCCCUACUUCCGGUCUCUGGGGGAGCGUGUGCACCAGCUUGAAGACACCGCCUCCCUCUUCUCCCUGAAGGAGAUCCAGCUCCAGAAGGACCCCGGCUACCAGCGCCUGGCCUUCCAGCAGCCAGGGCGAGGGAAAAACCGGCGGCAGAGCAUCUUCUGA